AAGCAAUUAAUUUGGGCUCAGAACUGGCAGAUCUUUUGAACCAUGGAAUCCGUGGAGAAUGCUUCCGCUAAGGCUGUCUCGGACGUUAUUUUGGCGCGUUAUGCCUGCAAGACUUUCCAGGAUGAGGAGGUCAGCGAUGAUACAAUUCACAGGUUGCUUCACCUGAGCAGUCGCGCGCCGAGCGCUUUGAACACGCAACCCUAUGUUUGCGUCGUUGUCAAGUCGGAUUCAGGCAAGGAAGCAUUGGCGCAAGCCAUGGAUGGUCCAAACCCCGCGCAUGUGAGAGAGUCAUCCUUCUCACUGGUGUGGGCAGCAGACCCAAAUCCAGAGCUCCCUCCCGAUGCGCCCGAGUUUGCAGCCUCAUUGCUGAAAGAAGUGUCGUUGAAGCAGCAGUCGACGCAUGAAGCUUGGGCGGUGAAGCAAACGAUGAUUGCUGUUGGGUUCUUCCUCAUUGCAGCCACUGCACAUGGGCUCCAUACAAAUCCAAUGGAAGGUUUUAAGUCUCAAGCAGCCGUUCGUGAAGCAGUUGGGCUGCCAGACAAGUAUGACGUACCUGUGGUCGUUGCAGUUGGCUUUGCCAAGGACCCCAGACCAGCAGCCUCAAGCCGCCGACCGCUGAACGAGACGUUCUUCUGCAAUCGGUUUGGCCAGUCGUUCAAAGCCACGUGACAACCCCGCAAGCAGAAGGCGCACUUCGAUGAUUCCUGUUCCUGGUAGUCCUGGUGCAUUGAUUCACCGAGUGCUGUCGGGUGCGUUGGGCAAUUUUUGAGUCUUGUUUGUACAGGAUCCCUGAGCCUAAAUCCACCCUCGCAUUCUUUUCCUAGAAUUCUGUAAACGAUGAAGCUGGCUUUUGUUUGGCUGGAACUUGGCUGGGAAUCAAUUGGUCCAUGCAAAGCUGGCUUGGGCCGACUAUGAUGCAUUGUGCUGUAUUGCAAAGUGUUGUGGAAGCUCUUUAUGUAGGCUAGCUAUGGCUUGAGUAUAGACUGACUCUCCCACAACAAGAGCUUUCACACCCUGCACAUAGGAGAGCAUCAUGUUUUGUGGUUCGUCUCUUCAGCUGCCUUUCCUGCGCAGCCACUGCAUGAGACGCCGCAUCAGAGACAGAGCUGAA